ACAUAAGCGAGAAGAGAAGGAUGGAGGUGGGUGCGUAGCCCAGUAAACAGUAUUGAACUGCUGCCACCGGAGCUGCUGCUGCUUCCUCACCAACACGUGUCUCGCCCCAGCCACACACCUACCUCUCACACACCAUGUCUAACAAACUGGAAGAGGCACAUAAAGAUGUUAAAGAAAUGCGCUCACUAUUGAAGUCUGCUACCCGUAAACGUGUUCAAGAUUGUAUCUCGCAAGAACUACGAAAAUUGGAAAUAGAGGUUACACAACUUCAGGACGAAGCAAUGUUGAAACCCGUUGACCUGAAACCCAAAUCUGCAACUGCCAAUACUUAUACAGUCAAUAUUAGAAAUUAUUCCUGGGAUCAGUCAGACAAAUUUUUGAAAAUCUACAUCACCUUGAAGAAUGUCCAGAGUUUGGGGAAGGCAGCAGUUAUAACUACAUUUGAAAAGAGAGGUGUACAGGUGAUGGUUCAUGAGCUUGAUGGGAAGAAUUAUCAUCUUAACAUAACCAACCUUGCCAGGAACAUUAAGCCCGAUGCCAGCUAUCACAAGGUUAAAACAGAUAUGCUGGUAGUGUUCCUAGCCAAGAGUGAAGAACACACCUGGGUAGGCGUCACCGCUGAAGACGUACGAGUCACUGAAGCGCGUAAACCCAAAGUCGACAGUGACGACCCUAAUGCUGGAAUGAUGGAUCUCAUGAAGAAAAUGUAUGAUGAGGGUGACGAUAAGAUGAAGCAGAUGUUGAACAAGACUUGGUAUGAAAGUCAACAGAAGUCACUGAGAGGUGAAGGUGAAAUGAAAGACCCACUAAACCAACCCUUCCCCUUCACAGACUAGAAAGCCAAUUAUUGUCUUCACAUAACAUAAACAUUCUUUUAUUCCAAGCAAUAAAUGUAUAGAUUGUAUCUUAUUGAAGUGUUUUAAUUUGUUCUUGUCAGCAAGUCACAUUUGAGCUUCAGUGUGUUGCAACAUUUCUCAAAGUGAACUGUAUAGACCAAUUUUUUUUUUUUUUUUGUCAAAUACAGUAUAUAACUUUUAUCUAUUGGUGUGCUGUUGCACUGCUGUGAAACUAGUUUAAAUUAUUCAUAUACUACUAAUUGCAGGUCAAGAUUGCGAGGAACAUGCUUCAUUAAAUUAUCUAUCUGGUUGUUGAAUUUGUUAAACUGUGAGUUAUGUGAUGCAUUUAUUGACUUAAUUAUUCACCGAAUACUUUUAUGAAAAAGACAAAUUUAGGUUUCAUUUAUAUUAUGUCUAGGGGUCAGGUAAGUAGUGUGAGCACCCAUGCUGGAGUUGGGUAGCCACUACACAACUAAUGUUACAUUAACUUUUAUGUGUUCCUGUAUACUGAGUCGUCAUUGUUGACCCUUUAAUUUAAUUGAAUAAACACUCUUCUUCAUAAAA